AUGGCCCGCUCGCCGCUCUUCCUCCUCCUCCUCCUCCUCCUCCUCCUGCCGGCUUUGCUGGCCGCUCCUUCCAGCCCGUUGCCGCCCUGCCCAGCGGAAUGCCAUCGGAUGCGCUGCCCGCCGCGCUCCCAGCAAGCCUGCCUGGCCGUCGGGGGCGAGCUCCAGCUGGACCGCUGCGGCUGCUGCUGGGACUGCGCGCCGGGCGAGGGUCAGCCGUGCGCUCCAGAUGGCCUUUGCGCCCGGGGCUUCUUCUGCCACCGGCGGCCGGGCAGCCGCGAACCGGGCACCUGUUCGUGCGUCGAGGGGCCGCUGGGCGUCUGCGGCAGCGAUGGACGCACCUACAGCAGCCUUUGCCAGCUGCGCGCCCGGAACCACCAAUCCAGCUCUGGCUACCAGCCGCUCGUCCUCCCCGUCCAUAAGGGAAACUGCGGAGAAGCAGGUGCUGUGGACCUCAAUAGCCCAAGGAAUAAAUUCAACUUUAUUGCUGACGUGGUGGAGAAAAUUGCUCCUUCUGUAGUUCACCUGGAACUCUUUCGCAGGGUUCCCUUCACAAAGAAAGAAGUCCUGGUUUCCAGUGGCUCGGGCUUCAUUGUAUCCGAAGAUGGUUUAAUCCUCACCAACGCCCAUGUUCUCAACAAGAAGCAGAGGAUCAAAGUCGAGCUCAAAACUGGCCAUCAGGUGGAUGCCCAGAUCAAAGAUGUUGACCAUAAACUGGACAUUGCUCUGAUCAAAAUAGAUACCCAGGUAGCCCUCCCAGUGCUCCUGCUGGGAAGAUCCUCUGAUCUUCGGCCUGGGGAGUUUGUGGUGGCCCUGGGGAGUCCUUUCUCCUUGCAAAACACCGUGACAACUGGGAUUGUAAGCAGCACCCAACGGGAUGGCCGGGAGCUUGGGAUGAAGGACUCUGACAUGGAAUAUAUCCAGACCGACGCCAUUAUCAAUUAUGGAAAUUCAGGAGGGCCAUUGGUGAAUUUGGAUGGUGAAGUCAUUGGAAUGAAUACUCUGAAGGUUACAGCUGGCAUCUCCUUUGCCAUCCCCUCCGAUCGGAUCCGCCACUUUCUGGAAGAAACUCACAACCGACAGCUGAAAGGUAAGACCAUUCCCAAGAAGAAGUAUCUGGGCCUCAGAAUGGUCCCCCUUACUUUCAAUCUCAUCCAUGAGCUGAGACGGCAUAAUCGAGAUUUUCCCAACCUGAGCUCCGGUAUCUACGUUUAUGAAGUGAUACCAGGAACAGCUGCUGCAAGAGCUGGCCUGCAAGAUGGAGAUGUCAUCACAGCAAUAAAUGGAAAACAAGUCACUUCAACCCGUGAAGUGACAGAGGCCGUUCGAAACAACCGUAUCCUGGCCAUAAUAGUGAGACGAGGAAAUGAAGACAUCAUCCUGACAGUAACUCCAGAUCAAAUCGAUUAA